AUAGGUCCAUGGUCUGACCUCCAGUCCACGCCUGUCUCUUCUGCGUAGCAGGUUCAAUUUUGUGAACUUUUGGAAUUUUUGGAGCUUGCUGAGUAUAGAAAAGUUUAGUAUCGCCAUGGCUACCCUUAUAAGAAGAAUCAUCAACACAACUAACGCUCCUGCGGCCAUCGGUCCGUACAGCCAAGCAGUAGUGGUAGACCGGACCAUGUACAUCUCAGGACAGCUUGGCAUGGACCCUGUCAGUGGGCAGCUAGUGGAAGGGGGCGUCCAGGCCCAGACCAAACAGGCCCUCGAGAAUAUGGGAGAGAUUCUCAAAGCUGCUACCUGUGGGUAUGCGAAUGUUGUAAAAACCACUGUGCUCUUGGCUGACAUGAACGAUUUCACCAAAGUCAACGAUGUUUACAAGCAGUUCUUCAGCACCAACUUUCCAGCCAGAGCUGCCUACCAGGUGGCUGCCCUUCCCAGGGGAGGCUUGGUGGAGAUUGAGGCGGUGGCAGUGUUGGGCCCUUUGACCGAAGGUUCCUAAUUGAACCAACCAUGAAGACGUCCUUAUUAAUCCUAACUCGCCACGACUCACUGCUUUAAAUCUGCAUUUGCCAAAUUGGGUUAAUUCAACAAUAUUCCUGUUUUUUAGCAACGUUAUAAAACAUUGACUGGAUUUAGCUCUCCCCAAUGAACCUCAUGUUAAAUGAUGGGCGUUAUACAAAAUAAUGUAAAACAAAAGUUUUUGUAUUCCUUGUCACUAAAGAUGAUCAGGUCAUGUCUUUAGAAUAACUUUUUUUCUGUUAUAACCAACUGGAAUUUUUGGAAAUUGUUAUUUGUAUGCAAUUUAAAUAAAGUUAGACAUAUAAAUA